AUGGAGGCGCUUUCCCCCUGCGCCCAGCCUGACGCUGUAGAUGCCACCCUGGCUCCUCGGAGCCUCGCCGCCGGCCGUGGCCAGGGCUUCCUGGCCGUCUGUCUGUCUCCUCACUUACCUGACCUGCCUCCCUUUGUUACAGACGGAGCGUUUGGACGGUGUCAGGAGCUUCCAGCCGUAGACGUGCACCACUACGAAGUGUCGCCAGGGGUCCUGCAGCACCUGACAGCCACCCUGAGGGCACUCUCCCGCACAGGUCUCACGUGGCAGGAUGGCUACACCCAGCACGUGAUGGCGCGGGAGCUCGCCAGCCUUCCCCAGACCUCCCCGCGACGCCCGGAGGCCUCCGGCGCAGCCAGGAGCUCAAAGCAGAGUGUCCAGGACAAGCGGAGCCUCAGCCUGGAGGGCGACGUGCUGGCCGAGGCCCUUCAGCGCUACCUGCCCUACCUGGAGGCCCUGUCCCAGGCCGCUGUCCCUGAUGUGCUCCCCGGGCUGAAGCCGGACAGGCCGCCGGCCCAGGGUGAGGACCCCCCGGCCGACAGCGUGCUGACCUUCGUGUCCCGGACGUCCGCCCUGACCUAUGCCCCCACGUCUCGGUUCGAUUUCCCCGGGGACCGCCCGCUGCGCACGCUCCGCAGGCUCCAGCCCGACGAGCUCAGCCCCAAGGUGGCCGGCGGUGCGGACAGGCAGAGUCUGGUCGCCGCACUGGGUGCCUACGCGGCCCGGAAGCCCCCCGCGCCCCCCAGGGACGGCGACCCCGCACCCCGCAAGCUCGUGCGCACGCCCUGGCGAGAGCCCAGGGUCCUUUCGGCACCGGCGGCCCCCCAGAAAUGGCCCUCGCCUCCGGACCCCAGGGACGCCGUGGGCACGGACGACGGAGCUCGAGACGUGACCAGCGUGUCCAGCGUUCGGCAAGAAGCCUUCAGGGCGGCGGCGACCUUCUGUGAGGGGGACGCUGCCUCCCUGUGUCUCGUUAGCGUCCAGCAGCCCCGGCCACGGGCACGUGUUCAGGCUCUGCUGAAGGACCUGCGGGAACGCCCAGGCAGCGUGGAGGGUCUGAGCGCCCUGGACGUGGCCGACGCAGCCCGUGCGAUAGCGAACGCGAUGCCAGGCGGGCGCGCAGAAGGGGAGCAGGAUGGCGCCGGGAGAGGCGGCGGAGGGCCGAGAGGACAGGCGGGCCGCUCGGGGGCCGCGCGCCACAGAGAUGGCGUGCCAGAUAACAGAGUGCGAGACAGCGGUGCAGGAUUUUACCAGGAGGUUAGCCGUUUGGGCGUCAAACUUGGGGACCUCCUGCAGGGUCCUGGGUCUCCAUUCCUGCCUGGAGCCCCCCGUCCUGCCGGGUCUUUCAAGACGGAGAUCAAGAAAUCGGAGGACCCUGAGGCCUCCCCGUCUUCAGAGGAGGAUCGCGUUGGGGUGGAGAACAUAAAGAGUCAGACCUACUCCAAGGAGCUGCUGCAAAGGCCGCCGCACCCGGAGCCGGGGCCGGGCGGGCUUGGGGCAUCGCAGCUCCAGGCUCCGGCGGCCCUGCAGGAGGACCAGCGCUCCGGCGCCGGGGCCCGGGGACCCCCCGGCCAAGGCCUGCGGCUGGAAGUCCAGCUUCCCCAGGAGGAGUACGGCUACAUUGUGACGGAAAACGACCCGCUGAGCCCGGAGAAGGGGACGGAGGUGCUGGAGGACGUGGCGCGUCUCCUGGACGUGCCGGCGGGCGUCUUCUCGGACAUCGCGGUCUCGGGACCAGCGGUGACCUUCAGGGUGCGCGCCAACCCCCAGAACGUGACGGCGGCGGACGCUGCGAAGGUGGCAGCUGACAGCAAGGACCAACUGGAAAAAAUGUCUGGACUGAGAGUUCUUCAGACUGGAGUCGGCUCGAAAAGCAAACCCAAGCUUCUGCCUCAUCAGGCAGAACGAGAGGACUCGACCAAGUUCAUCGUGCUCACUCUGGUCUCCAUCGUGGCCAUCGUGGCGGUCCUGCUGGCGUCUGGCGUCAUCUACUGCCUACGACACAGCUCUCAGUACAGGCUGAAGGAGAAGCUCUCGGGACCUGGGGGCGACCCGGACCCCGACGCCACCAACGCCUACCAGGAGCUGUGCCGGCAGCGCAUGGCCGCGCGCCCGUCCGAGCGCCCGGAGACCGCGCACACGUCCCGCGUCAGCAGCGUGUCCUCCCAGUUCAGUGACGGGCCGAUUCCCAGCCCCUCCGCGCGGGGCAGCACCUCGUCCUGGUCGGAGGAGCCCGUGCAGCCCAACAUGGACAUCUCCACCGGCCAUAUGGUCCUGGCCUACAUGGAGGACCACCUGAAGAACAAGAACCGCCUGGAGAAGGAGUGGGAGGCUCUGUGUGCCUACCAGGCCGAGCCCGACAGCUCGCUCGUGGCCCAGAGGGGGGAGAACGUGCCCAAGAACCGCUGCCCCGCAGUGCUCACCUACGACCACUCCCGGAUCCGGCUGAAAUCAGAGAACAGCCACAGCAGCUCUGACUACAUCAACGCCAGCCCCAUCAUGGACCACGACCCCAGGAAGCCCGCGUACAUCGCCACCCAAGGACCGCUGCCCGCAACCGUGGCCGACUUCUGGCAGAUGGUGUGGGAGAGCGGCUGUGUGGUCAUCGUCAUGCUGACCCCCCUCUCGGAGAACGGCGUCAGGCAGUGUUACCACUACUGGCCGGACGAGGGCUCCAACCUCUACCACGUCUACGAGGUGCAUCUGGUCUCUGAACACAUCUGGUGCGAGGAUUUCCUCGUGAGGAGCUUUUAUCUGAAGAACCUUCAAACCAACGAGACUCGCACGGUGACGCAGUUUCACUUCCUGAGCUGGUAUGACAAGGGAGUGCCUGCCUCCACGAGGUCCCUUCUGGAUUUCCGCAGAAAAGUAAACAAGUGCUACAGGGGCCGCUCUUGUCCAAUAAUUGUCCACUGCAGUGAUGGCGCGGGCAGGAGCGGCACCUACAUCCUGAUCGACAUGGUUCUCAAUAAGAUGGCCAAAGGCGCUAAAGAGCUCGACAUUGCCGCGACCCUGGAGCACUUGAGGGACCAGAGGCCACGCAUGGUUCAGACAAAGGAGCAGUUCGAGUUUGCGCUGACAGCCGUGGCCGAGGAGGUGAACGCCAUCCUCAAAGCCUUUCCCCAGUGA